AAGUACAGAGACCGGAAAAAGAAAGAGGAAACAACAGAGUAAAAUGGAACAAUCCAAACCCGGAACUUCCCAUGGAUGCUACCGAAUCGCAAACGGAUUUGCAGAACCGACCCGGAAUCUUCAUCAUAGGAUCCUCAAACGUUGGCAAACGCACCAUCAUAUCUCCUUUUCAUUAUUAUGGAAGUCAACAUGCGAUGAAGCGAAGACUGAAACAUCAAAUGGCAGUUUACUUACUCAAGUUAGAGAGGAUGGUUCUGCUUCGGCCCCUUUUUCAUCAACCUGAUCCUGGAAAAGCAUACCGCUCAGAAGUUAACGAUGAACUUGGAGGAGAGCUACCUGUGCGUGGUGUGUUUCGCGAAAAAUGGGUACACAUUUUUUGUUUGAGGGCUCGUGAUUUAGUGUUGGAAUUUUGGGCAAACAGUGGAUGCGUGAGUGUUUCAUCCAGAAAUUCGUUAUUGUUCGAGUGGGUGUGCGAGUGUUGUUGGGACCUUCUGCAUGUGCGUUUGAAAAAGGUUGAAGCACGAGGUGUGGGACCAUAUGUUGUUGGAAGCACAACGUUGAAGCAUGUGUUGAGUGGAGGUUAACCUGAACAAAGGUUAGUUUUUGUGGUUUAUUUUCUUACUUUUUAUAGUUGGAAAAGUAUAAUAUUCGAUUGUGGUCCCCCAUGGUUUGGUCGGCAUUCUCGAUUGCGUUUUGGUGGUCCCGUAUGUAUGUUUACAGUUAUUUGAGUCUUUGUGUGUGGCUUUUGUUAUUGUUUUAAUAUAUUUUUUUUGUCGUGAUAUUGUGUUGUGCGUGUAGAUUUA